AUGUCAUAUAAGAAAAGUGUCUUUCAACUAAACACGGCAUCUACAUUGUACCAAAAUACCGUUCAUAAAUAUUCUAGACUUAUAUUAGACGCCUUGCAACCUAUUUUUGACACGGCAAGUGUAGUUUCCGAAGAAAAGGGCCGAAAAGUUACCGUCCUUGGUCUGUGGUCCGUCUGCGGAGUUUCCAUGGUAAUGCACAGAAAUAUGAUAAGGAUGGAGAUGAAUCAGGUCAAUACGAUUAAAUGUUCUCAUGUUUUCUACUCUAAUUUAUACACAGCCGAUUGCAUUGAUGACAAUGCUGUAGAACUGCUUUUACCAAACGUUUUAGAGUCUAGUUGCUUAACAAGAGAUUUGAGCGAACCUAUUGUGGCGGAGUGGGGUGCGGAUAACAUAUUGCAUACACUCAACCAUUCUCACACUCUCAGUAGCCCAAAUGUUGGUGGUAUAUCGUACGACAACCUUUGCUGGAUAUUUCAGCAUAAUUGUUUUGUUGUCUUCUUCUUCAGGGUCUGA